AUGGUGUCUUUCAUGCUCUCGAGUCUUCUCAGUGUCUUCGCAGUCAUCGGCGGCGUGUUGUCUGUGCCUCUUGAGGGUAGGGCACUUUCAGCUCGUGCAGCACCACCUGCAGCACCUCGCUUCGUUAUUUACAGCGACGAGUGGGUCUCUGGUGAGACCGGUCCCCUGCAGUCAGCGAAGUCACGGGGUAUAACGUCUUUGCCCUCUCGUUCUGGCUCACCUCCGGCCCAGCUGAUCAAGUCGAUGAAUGCGCCUACGACUGAGGGGUAUGAUCCUACUACCGUCGCCAAUGAUCUUGCGGCCUUUGUAUUGGAAUAUGAUCUUGACGGUGUCGAUAUUGACUACGAAGAUUUCGAUGCCAUGAAUGCUGAAAAUGGAUCUGCAGAAACUUGGUUGACCACUUUCACCCAAACCCUCCGUGAAACGCUUACGCAAGGUCAAUACAUUUUAACCCACGCACCUGUUGCUCCAUGGUUCUCUGCAUCGUACACUAGCGGUGCUUAUUUGACAGUCAACACCAAUGUUGGAUCCUUAAUUGAUUGGUACAACUUCUACAAUCAGGGCACAACUGAGUACACAACGUGUACUGGCCUCCUUACGGAGUCAUCCACGACGUUCCCAAACACUGCACUCUUCCAGAUUGCAGCAGCAGGAGUUUCUUUAGAUAAGUUGGUGAUCGGCAAGCCAGCCACCACUGCGGAUGCAACCAAUGGCUAUAUGAACACCACCCUACUUGCCGAGUGUGUGGAAACUGCAUAUGAAGAAGGAUGGGAUGCUGGCGUUAUGGUGUGGGAGUUCCCCGACGCUGCAGCCGCCUGGAUUGAAGCUGUGCGAUCGCUCGCAUUCCCAGAAUAA